AUGUUCAUGUUAAUUUACAUUCCGUCGGACACAAACUCUGUGAUAUGUAAAAAAAAAAAACAAACUUACCGGCAUCAUAAAUCAGGUUAUCAGCAUUAACGAGGGAAUUCCAUUCUGACGAAAUCAUUAGCAUUCAAUAUAUUAUUGAUUUAUUCCCCCCGCUCAUCUACAAUUUAAAUACCAGAAAUACCCAAAAGAUACACAAACAAACAUAAUUACGGCUUAAAUUGAUGCCUUGUGGUGACUUUAAAACAAGCUUCGCUAGUGAUUACACAACGAAUAACACUUCUAUUCUAUAAUGCAUCUUCUCUUAGUCGUCGUGAAUUUGGGGGUAAACAUUUUAUAGCAAAAAAAAGACCCGUCCACAUUCUGAAGUCGUAACGGACACACGGGUUGUGGUCAACCUUGAACUUGUCGAGACCAAACGGAGACUUCAUUCAUUUGGUUAUAGUGAUUGGACUAUCAUUUGCAAUCGAACAGUCACCAUGGAUAGAACUAUUCUGCUUUUGGUAAGUUAGUUGAUAAAAAAAAGAUUGGUGACAUUUUAAAGUUAGAUAUUUUUUUUUAUAGAUGUUGACAGUUCUUGUCGGAGUGUGUAGUGCUGGAAAUGGAUACAAUUAUAUCAGACCUGCAAAAACUGUUGGGAGCAUACCAACAGUUGUGAACAAAGAUGGAUCCACAAAAUCUGUAUAUUUCUUUGCUGAUCCUGACUAUGAACAAAAAGUUCCAAAACAACGGGCCAUCGCCUACCAGCAACCACGAAGGCGCACUUCAGUCACCCGCACACAGGCAGCUCCACAACAACCACGCGUAACCUAUAGCCAGGCUGCACCACAACAACGCCCCGUAGUAUAUAGGCAGAAAGCUCCUCAACAAAGUCCAGUCACUUAUACCCAAAUUGCUCCACAGCAGAACUCUAUUACAUACAACCAAGUAACUCCUAAACAAAACUUCGUAGGAUAUGCUCAAAAAGCUCCUCAAAAAACAGUAACGUACAGCCAAAUAGCUCCUCAACAACGCCCCGUCACAUACUACAAUCAAGCACCACAGCAACCACAAACAUCUAUCAACUCAAAUCAAAUAGACGUACAACAACUACCAUUCAUCACAAAUAAUCAAGGAGUUUCCCAACAGAGACCUACAAGCUAUAUCCAAACAGCUCCUCAACAAAGCCCCAUCACGUACAGCCAAGCAGCUCCUAAACAAAGCCCCAUCACGUACACUCAAACAGCUCCUCAACAAAGCCCCAUCACGUACAGCCAAGCAGCUCCUCAACAAAGCCCCAUCACGUACACUCAAACAGCUCCUCAACAAAGCCCUAUCACGUACAGCCAAGCAGCUCCUCAACAAAGCCCCAUCACAUAUAAUCAAAUAGCUCCUCAGCAAAGUCCUAUCACUUACAAUCAAAUAGCUCCUCAGCAAGUCCCAACAAUCAUCAACCAAGUAGCUCCCCAACAACCCCAAUACACUCAGGAAGCUCCAGUUGCAAAAAAGAACCUCCAGGUGAUAUUUGUUAAGACCCCAGGAUACGAGGCCUACACCGAAGCUCUGCUCAAGAUGGCCAAGGAAGCCAUUCAAUCUCAGACAAUUGUGUAUGUUCUUAGCAAGGAACCGGAUGUCGCAGAGCUUACACGACGAUUCCAAGACAUCAAAUCUUCUUCCAUAAAAAUGCCAGAAGUACGAUUCAUUAAAUACAAAACCGACGAUGAGGCUGUUCAAGCUCAGCAAGCAAUUCAAGCUCAAUAUGAAAGUCUACCCGGACCUUCUAACUCAUUUGGAACACAAAUUGGAACCACUUUAGGAACCGCAGAUCAAACUGGAUCUAUAAAUUAUUCGAAUGAUGCAAUUAGUAGUGUGACACUACCGUUGGCAACGGCGACAGGAACAGGAAAUAAUGGAGAUGACUUAAAUUCACAAAGUUUUCCACCAUUUUUACCAACUGGUAUUGAUGUAGUACCAGGAAGUUCAUAUUUACCACCAAGUCAAAGUGGGAAUUAAUAUUAAAAGUUAAGGUUCAAAAAGUGUUAAGCUCUUAUGAUUUGUGUUCAUAUGAUUAUCCAUGAUUUGUUAUUUUAAUCGAGUGGAUCUAUUAAUCUUUUUUUGUUUUGUUUCUUGGCUAAUGGUGUCAUUAUGAUGUGAUGAAGUUAUUUAUAUACACUGCCAAUUUAGUUAGAAAUGAAAUUCUAGAAAAUAAAUAAAAGUUAUUUUCAAAAA